ACUCUCGUACCCCACCCUUUACACCACCCAACCCCCACAGGCAAGCGGUUAGGGCGAGCUUGUCAUAGAAAUGUAGCUCGCUGCCAGAGAGGAGCGGGAGAGAGCGAGGCAGCGAGUUGAGAGAGGAAGAGCGGCUGGAGCGCAGACGCGAGUUUGAUAGGAGAGGAGUCUGAAAGUUGCUACUUGCACGCGCUGUAACUUCACGCAGUCCCCUGCACAACGUGCCACGGAUGAAUGAAUCAAGCGACACCCCAGCCGCGCUGACGUCCACUCAAGUUACCGCUCACUUUGAUUGGAUGUAUAAAUAUGCGUGCAUACGCGAGUCUCUGAAUACGUGCCCCUGCUGUACGGUGUCCGUCUCGAGGACUUGGCUGCUUCGCUGCUGAGAGUCGAGGGAGACCCCCCCCCCACCGCUCUCUCUCUCGCCUUAAUUUUAGGAAGCGGGAGAGAGAGAGAGAAACCCCCUCUGCUUUUGCACCCGGGCAACGAACAGUACUGGCUGGCUGGCUUGCUGGGCUGGAUGUGGUUAGCCAUGCCUUCUGCCUUCAGCAGUAUUGGAAUACUGUCGCACUUGUGGCUGCUGCUGCUGCUGCCUCCUACUCUGCCGGGUCAAAUGCACCGCGUUGCAGCCUCUGCCGAACGCAUCGUCCAUCGCGACCUUCCCGGAUCCCACUACGAGGUCACCUUCCCCGUGCGCGUCAACGACCUGGGUGAGGCCAUCGCUCCAGCCGCCACGGAUGCCGACGGGGCCUCAGGCGGCCGUCGCCGCCGCAGCCCCGAGCCUCCGGCGCCGCGCGCGCACUACCGCCUCGCCGCCUUCGGCAAGGACUUUCGCCUGGACCUGACGGCCGACUCGUCGUUUCUGGCACCGGGAUACACGGUGCUGCGGCUGGGCGGCGGUGGAGACGGCGGUGGAGCCGGCGGUGCGGAGCGGAAGGGGCUGCGCCACUGUUUCUACACGGGGCACGUGAAUGGCGUGCGCGAACACACGGCCGUGCUCAGCCUGUGCUCCGGCCUGGUGGGCACCUUCCGCACGCGCGAGGGCGAGUACUUCAUGGAGCCCGCGCCGGACGGGGAGGGAGUCCACCGACGGCCGCACUUCAUCUACCUGCGGGACGCGGGGCGCACCGCCACGUCGCGCGCCAACGCCUCCUGCGGCACCGCUGCCCAUCGAUCAACGAACGCAUCGCGGCCGUGGCCCGCUGGCGGCCCGUCGCUGGUUGGCGACCUGAAGAGGGCCCGGCGCGACCUGGACGGACGGGCGGCGGAACGCGAGGGCAGCGGCGACGAUGCCGGCGCGGCGGGCGACCGGCCUCCGAUGGCGGCCAACGGAACCGCUGGCGAUCGGCGGAGUCGAGGGGGCGACCGGCACGGGCCGGGGGAUGGCACCGGCAGGGCGCGACGCAAGCGAUUCCUGUCGUACCCGCGGCACGUGGAGGUGAUGGUGGUGGCCGACAGGAAGAUGGUGCGCUACCACGGGGAGUCGCUGGAGCACUACGUCCUGACGCUGAUGUCCAUGGUGGCUGCCAUCUUCAAAGACUCAAGCAUCGGUAAUCAAAUCAACAUCGUCCUCGUGAAAUUGGUCAUCGUUCAAGACGACAAGGAUGGCCCAUCGAUCUCCUUCAAUGCCGAGACGACGCUCCGCAACUUCUGCUUGUGGCAGCAAGGCCGGAACUUACUGGACGACAGCCACCCUCUCCACCACGACACGGCCAUCCUGAUAACCCGGGAAGAUAUUUGUAGGGCGCUGAACAAAUGUGACACGUUAGGACUGGCGGAGAUCGGCACGGUGUGCGAUCAGUACCGCAGCUGCUCCAUCAGCGAGGACAGCGGCCUCAGCACGGCUUUCACCAUCUCCCACGAGCUGGGCCACGUGUUAAACAUGCCCCACGAUGACAGCCCCAAGUGCAAGGACCUCCUCUCCAACGGCCAGUUCAACGUGAUGGCUCCCACCCUCAACUACGAGACCCACCCGUGGACCUGGUCCAAAUGCAGCCGCAAGUACAUCACCGAAUUCCUGGACGCAGGGUAUGGCGAGUGUCUGCUGGACGAGCCGGCGGCCCAGCGCUAUGACCUGCCCCAGGUGUCGCCGGGCCACCUGUACAACGCCAACCGGCAGUGCGAGCUGGUGUUCGGGCCGGGCACCCAGGUGUGCCCGUACAUGAGGCAGUGCAGGCGUCUCUGGUGCACGAGCGCCGAGGACGUGAACAUGGGCUGUCGCACGCAGCACAUGCCCCUGGCAGACGACACGGACUGCGGCCAGGGCAUGGUGUGCCGGCAGGGCCUGUGCGUGGUGCGCGAGCUGGACGACCGUGCCGUGGACGGAGAGUGGGGCUCCUGGGGACCGUUUGGGCCCUGCUCGCGCUCUUGCGGGGGCGGCAUCCGCCAGGCGGCAAGGGAGUGCUCCCAUCCAGAACCGAAGAACGGGGGCCGCUACUGCGUGGGUCGGAGGCUGCGUUUCCGCUCGUGCAGCACGGAGCUGUGCCCGCGCGGGCGCAGGGACUUUCGCGAGGAGCAGUGCGGCGAGUUCAACGGGCGGCACUUCAACAUCAAGGGCCUCUCGCCCACCGUGCACUGGGUGCCCAAGUACAGCGGCAUCCUCAUGAAGGAUCGCUGCAAGCUGUUCUGCCGAGCGGCCGGCUCCACGGUGUACUACCAGCUGAAGGAGCGCGUGGUCGACGGGACUCCUUGCGGCCCUGACUCCAGCGACAUCUGCGUGCAGGGGCUGUGCAGGCAAGCCGGCUGCGACCACAUCCUCAACUCGAGGGCAAAGCGAGACAAGUGCGGGGUGUGCGGGGGCGACAACUCGUCGUGCCGCACCGUGAGCGGGACGUUCCACAGCGUGCAGUACGGCUACAACACAGUGGUCAGGAUCCCAGCUGGAGCCACCAGCAUCGAUGUCCUGCAGCGCAGCUUCUCGGGGAAACCUGAGGAUGACAACUACCUGGCGCUGACCGGGGCGCAGGGCGACUUCCUGCUGAACGGGAACUUCGUGGUGAGCAUGUUCAAGCGCGAGGUCAAGGUGGGCGUGGCCGUGCUCGAGUACAGCGGCUCGGACCAAGCGACGGAGCGCAUCAACUGCACCGACCGCAUCCCCGAGGAUGUCGUGCUGCAGGUGCUGUCCGUGGGCCGCCUGCACAACCCGGACGUGCACUACACCUUCAACGUCCCCAUGGAGGAGCACAGCGAGCGCUUCGUCUGGGACCCGUACGGGCCCUGGCAGGACUGCAGCCGCAUUUGCCAAGGCGAGCGCUCGCGCCGAGUGACGUGCGUGCGCGAGGGAGACCGCCACCCCGUGUCGGAGCAGCGCUGCGCGGGGCAGCCGAGGCCCCCGGUGUCCCUGUCCGAGCCGUGCAACUCAGAGUGUGAGUUAAGGUGGCACGUGCUGGGGCGGAGCGACUGUUCGGCGGAGUGCGGCUCGGGUCACCGCACGCUGGACGUGCGAUGCGUCCGCUACUCCGUCGGCGGGCCGGCCGUGGAGGAGCCGCCCGUGGCCGGAGGAGACGCGGCGGGGCCCAUGGGGCGGAGGGGCAGCCCCUCUCACCCGACGGACGACGCGCACUGCCGGGACCAGUCCAAGCCGUCCACGCGGGAGGCCUGCUACGGCCAGUGCAAGCUGGUGACAUGGAGAUACUCGCCGUGGUCAGAGUGCUCGCGGAGCUGUGGCGGGGGCGUGCGGACGCGCGAGGCCGCGUGCGUCGGCGGCGCCGGCAGGCCACUGAGGCCCGAGGAGUGUGCGGGACUCGCGGAGCGGCACGCCAGCGAGGAGCCUUGCGGCCUCCAGCCCUGCCCGGCCUGGACACUCGGGGACUGGAGCAAGUGCCUGGUGACGUGCGGGCGCGGCGUGUCGAGGCGGCACGUCGAGUGCCGUGCCGGGGACUCGGUGCUGUCCGAGGAGAUGUGCGGCCCGGACGGGCGGCCGGACGCCGUGCGCGCCUGCCUUGGGCCUCCGUGCUCCACGUGGCAGGAGGGACCGUGGGGACCGUGCUCCGCCACGUGCGGCGCCGGGUACCAGAUGCGCGCCAUCCGCUGCAUCGAGGGAGAGCGGGGGGAAGCUGUGGCGGAGGAGCGAUGCAUCGCCACCGCCCGGCCAAGCCACACGCAGGAAUGCAAGGUGGUGGAGUGUGCGUUGCCCGUGGUGCCCAGCACACCAGGGCAUCCGACCCACCCGGACCAGACGCAGUGGAGGUUUGGCUCUUGGACCGAUUGCUCGCGCUCAUGCGGGGAGGGCGUGCGCGAGCGCUACGUGAGCUGCCGCGACGCGGACGGCGACGUGGCCGAGGGGGCCGCGGCGUGCGCCCACCUGCCCCGGCCGCACGAGCGCGAGGCCUGCUCCUCGGGGCCGUGCGUGCGGUGGCAGGCCUCCACCUGGGGCCCGUGCUCCGCCACGUGCGGCCGCGGCGUCGAGUCGCGCCACGUGGCCUGCGUCCCCCUCGACGACCCCACGGGCGUCCACGCCGUCGCCGCCGUCACCGCGUGCCAGCCGGAAGAGCGCCCCAUCUCGGAGCGGGAGUGCUCGCCGGAGGCCUGCCCGCCCGAGACGAGAAGUAGGAGCGGAGGGGACGUCUCGGGGGAGGGGGUCGCGCGCCCACGCCCGGUAGCGCCCGCAGGGACCACCUCGUCUGCUCUCCCGUCUCCUCCUGCUGCUGCCGAUGACACCGAUGACGCUGACCGCUGGAGGACUGGGCUUUGGGGACCCUGCUCGCAGACGUGCGACGACGGCGGCGUCCAGCGACGCCUCGUCGUCUGCCAGGAUCCCGACGGCGAGCCCGGCGAUCGCUGCGACCAAAACUCACGGCCGCCGGAGAUGAGGCCCUGCCAGCAGCAGCAGCUGUGCGCCCUGUGGAACUUCGGCACGUGGAGCGCGUGUUCUCGAUCCUGCGGAGGCAGUGGCGUCCGGACGCGCCUCGUGCUCUGCCAGUCUCCGGAGGGACAGCCGCUCCCCGAGACGCGGUGCGAGGCGGCAACGCGGCCGCCGGCGGCAGACGCCUGUCCCGACGAGGGUCCCUGCGUGAGCCCCGGGGUGUGGCACCGCUCGUCCUGGAGCCCGUGCUCCACGACGUGCGGACGCGGGACGCAGUACCGGGAGGUGCGAUGCCUCGCCGACGGCGGCCGGGGCGACGCGCUGCUGCUGCUGCUGCCGCCGGCCGACUGCGGUCACCUGGAGAAGCCGCGGCAGCAGAGACGGUGCCGGGCCGGUCGCUGUCCGAGGUGGAGGGCGUCAUCCUGGGGCCAGUGUAGCCGCACGUGCGGCGAGGGCGUGCGCGCGCGCCACGUCGUCUGCGCCGAGGGCGGCAAGGCGCCCGUGCGGGACGAGUUGUGCCGCGCCGACGCGAGGCCUCCCGCCCACGAGCGCUGCUCGUCCGCCGGGUGCGACUUCAUCUGGGUCACGGGCGACUGGAGCGCGUGCUCUGCGUCGUGCGGCCCAGGCUACCAGCAACGCCUCGUGUUCUGCUCCGAGACUCACGGCUCGACUGGCGAACACUUCCCCUACGGCUAUGGGAGCCACAGUCAGCCGCCCCGCCCGAGCACUGUGGGGGGCGCCCCCCGCUCCCCCCAAGGCACCGUCGUGGGGGGCCAGGAGGCUCGCCCGUCCUGCCCGCACCCCCGGCCGCCCGGCACGAGGCCGUGCGACAUUCGCGAAUGCUCCUCCCCGGCGCCGAUGCCACCCCAGGCGGCUCUGCCCGUGCGGUGGAGGACCGGGGCCUGGAGUCAGUGCUCGGUGUCUUGUGGUGACGGCUGGGCCGAGAGGCCAGUGCGGUGCCUGACGGGCGAGGGGCGUCCCAGCGACGCCUGCCCCCAGGAAUCUCGGCCCACCACAAGGCAGCAGUGCCACGGGCAGCCUUGCGAGAAGGCUUCUAGCUGUGCUCACGUACAGGUCCUGCACGGGGCUAAGGAUGACGGGGAGUACCUCAUUAGCAUCGGCGGCAGAGACGUGAAGAUAUACUGCUGGGGCAUGGAGUCGGCCAGCCCCAGGGAGUACAUCACGCUGUCAAGCGGAGAGGCAGAUAAUUACUCGGAGGUGUUCGGAUACAGGUUGCACAACCCCUACGAGUGUCCCUACAACGGCAGCCGCAGGGAGGACUGUGCGUGCCGCAACGACUACCUGGCCGCCGGCUUCUCGGCCUUCAGCCGCGUGCGCCUGGACGUCGGCACCAUGCAGAUCCUCACCACCGAUCUGCAGUUCUCCCAGACGCUUUAUGGACGCCCCGUGCCCUUUGCCACGGCCGGGGACUGCUACAGCGCCGCCCGCUGCCCGCAGGGCCGCUUUAGCCUCAACCUGUCGGGCACGGGGCUCAUGGUGUCGGAGGCGACACGCUGGGCGUCGCAGGGAAACUACGCAACCGUCGACGUCCUCCGAUCACCGGACGGUACGAAAAUAUAUGGCAGGUGUGGCGGUUACUGUGGGAAGUGCAUCCCUCAUUCCAGCACGGGGCUCAGGCUACGGGUCGCAGCGUGACGCUCGGCCCGGCCUGCUACUGCUGGCCACGGAGUGAAGCUGUGGCAGCUUGAGCUGGAAAGAAAAUCACCUGCAGAAGCAAUGCUACCUCGACAGUGGGACCUUUGAUGAAUCUACGCAAUGGUUCUUGCUGAAUUAUUUAUGUGUUUUGUCGAAAUUUUCUUUUGAUAUUUUUUUUUUUACGAAACAAUUGUAAGCUUUAAAAAAUAUAUAUAUGUAAUAUUAAUAAUUAUAGCUGUACAUGUGUAAAUACUCCCAAUGUAACAUACCAACGCUGAUCGCACAGACGUAUUUUGACUUUAUAUUCAUACGGUGCUCUCGUAUUAGUUUUUUUUAAAAUCUGUACAGGUAAAAUUUAAUUGCCUUCCCUCGUAAGGUUGGCUGCUGUUGUUCGGUAUAAUUUAAUAAUUAAACGUCUCUGUUCAGAAUUUUAAGUGGGGGGGGGGGGGCAGGAAUAUGACGCAACGAUCGGAGAUUCGCACGCGGUUUGAGACUUUGGCUGUUUACCAAAGCCAGAUAAAUUGCCUCGUCUUGAUACUCGAAAAGCACACGGCUGUCUCUCUCCGUCAAGUUUUUUUUAAAAUCACUUUUGCCAGUUUUUUUUUAGAGACUCAUUUACCACAUUUGCUGUGUUGGCCUAAUCUCGAUGACCGGGCAAAUGGCUUGUGGCACAAUUUUACGAGCAAACUGGACAAUCCAGCCAACUAAGUGGGCCUUCACAUUUGACAAAACUGAUUUUUUUAAUGCAAGCCCACCCAAGCACAAAGUGGGGUGGAGUACGCUCCGAAUACUUGCGAGCCAUUUUCGUAAUUGAAAAAAAAACUUACGCAACCAAAAUGGGAUAGAAUUUUAAAAAAAAUAUAUUAAACAUUCACACGAUUGUGGCAAAAAAAAUGUUUUUGUCAUGCUUGCGUUAUAUAGACAUUUAAAUGGCCUGUACUUUCCAAGCCAUUGCGAACUAACACUCGAUAAGAUAUGCGUAGCAUGCAAGGUCUUAGAGCGUCUAUCAAUCGUGCAGCUGCUACGUGAAGUUCAAAGGCCUGGAUUGCAAACAAAUGGUGCUCUACUGUUGUUUGUGUUUCAGUUUUACUUGCUUUGCAUUUCAUUUAUCUAUCGAUGCCUUUUUUAGCAUUUGGUAAGUUAACCAAUAUUCAGAUUAUGGAUGUGGCACAUUUUUAUUCAAAAUGGGGUGCUUGAUACAAAUAAAUAACGCUAGUGUAGUUUUGUGUCUUCCUACCAUCAUAUGAACAGAUAUUAAGCUAUAACAAGAUACUGUGGAUGUUUUGUCAGCGUUUAAAACUGCCAACGGCUCGUGGGUUUUUAUUUUAUUUUCCUGAAGAAAUCCACUGAGUUUUAUUUGAAUUAACUCAGUCGUUUCAGUAGCUCUUCACCAACACUACCUAUUGCCUUUUAGUCGAUUAUUUUGUGUGUGUGUAUGUAUUCAGAGAACUGUGUUUACAACGAAGGUUAGCAGAGGCCAGCCGUAAGGUAUUAAAUUAAACACCAGACAGUGCUUUUCAGGAUCUGCUGUUGCCGAAUGUUACUUCUUUCAAACCUGAUUUCUCAUUCCGCUGAAAACACCCAGAUUGUACUGUGGGUUUGCAGACGGUACCAAAUUCUCCUACCCUUUUAUGUCAGGCAUUCAAAUUAAUAACAAUAAUAAUGUAUAUAUUUUGGACGUUCCCUUUUUUGCCUUUUAUUUUUAUUCGGAUAUCCAUAAAUACUGUCUCCUUUGCCACUGUGGGUGUGUCUGUGUGUGUUAACCUGGUUUCAUAUCUAAGUGCCAAUGUUUUGGUUGAUGCUCAGCAGUCAUACCAUAUAUUCUGCGUAUCAGUUUACGGUUUACAGUUCCAAGUAUUAACACAAACUCCUCGAGCCGGAUUGUUUGAAAUAUAUGUUAUUAUAUAUUUUUAUGACUAGCAGAGUGGACAUUAGACUCGAAUCAGCUGCGCAACCGAUGUUGCACAUCGCCCAAUGAUGCAGGUCAAUAUGACAUCUUCUCGCAUUAAGCGUCGAGACGUGUGCAAACGUCUUUUAUCCAAUUUGUCAGCGAAUUGAGAAGAUUAGUUGACCUGAAAGAUCGGCUGUUUUGAGCCCUGGGGGGGGCCAAGUGAAAGUUGCGACUUCACGAGAUGUAAAAAAAAGAAACCCUUAUACCGCAAAUUGAAUUUUCUGAUUUGCAUAAUUGUGGGUUAAACUAUUAAAUACGGGGUUGCAGGUGACACAAUGCUAGGGCCACCGAGAGGCAUCGAGAGGCACCGAGCGACGUAACGCAUGAACCACAUUUUAAUCGGUUGUGAUCCGUGAUAUCUCCGUACGCGUCGGAUUGUUUUUUUUACAAUAACCCAUGACAAAGCCAUUAGAAUGAAUCAUACACGGUGGCUUAGUGCUACAGCAUCUACCAUUACAUCUGGCGCACGCACAUUGUGACUGAAAUCAACGUUGAUGAAACUUACAAAAAUAGGCCGUGCCUUACAUAUUUUGAUUUCGAGGGAACCACUGCACAGAAUGGACGAAAUUACCCAUUCAGUGUCCGAGCUUGGUGACGCUUUAUUGGUAAUAUCAGUGGCUUCGGAUUGAAUGGUCACUCUGCCUGUCAUGAAAAAAAUGUGUGGGUUUUAAUUGGAGCAGCCAAGCACAAGCUUAGGGAAUACUUCCUGUUCACACAGAGUACUUCUAUAUGGUAUUUUUUUCCCCAUGGUGCUGCGUUAUUGUUUGCUAUGAGAACAGGCAGCGGUCGUAAAUGGGAAGUUGAAGCAGCCCAUUUAGGGGGGAGGGGGAGGCUUUGUGACACAGCAGACGGUUUUCUUUGAUUCUGGGCGACCGGCCGAAUUCACUCAUUUAUUUGUUUUAAUUUUCUGUUAUUUUUAAACAUCGUACGGUAACGUAAUCCAAAUCGCUCACCGCGAUCAAGCCAUGCUUGUCAAAACAGUUGACGCUAAUGUGGCUUGCGCGAUUUAAGACGAGGACAAUAUCCAACUAUGGCGGAGUGCAACUUUGUUGGCUGGGAGAUGACGCGAUGGCCGGUGUAUGGCAGCUCUGCAUUUCAAAUGUUCAAAUGCCGGGGCCUCGGAACGUGCGCGGCCAGCAGGCAGCCGUGACACCGCUCUGCCCUGAGCGCCGCUCGAUCUGUCAAAAACUCUUGAUGGUCCACGGUGCAAAUUCUUUGCGGUGAAUGGAAAAAAUGGAACCUCAUCUCGUUAAAGGGGGUGGCAAAACAAUUAUGUGCAACAUCCGUGUGAAGAAACAAGUUACCCCGUGUUAACUUGCGUACCUCGGCUGUGUUCAUCACGGAUUUGAGUGGCUGAACACACCGCGCCGACUUGACUCUUUGUCUGAUGUGUAGAGAAUACCUCCAGAGGAAACCGCCUCACCCCCUGUUGUGGCUCUCUGCUCGAGUGUAAGUGGGGGAGCAGCGAUCCUGGCUCUCUGCUCGAGUGUAAACGCAAGAGUCUUGUAACUCUCACCUGUCCCGUCGGUUACGCGCACCGCCGAUUUAUAAUCGAUUUUUUUGGGUCGGAUCAUGUAAGGAUUGUGGCAACUGAUCGAUGACGCUGGCUGCGACUUCCGGCGAGACGUCAUAGCCAAUUGUUGAAUGCUGUGGAUUAAUCUCCAACACUACCGAUGUGGUGAAGCGGUAAUACAUUGGCACGUUUGUUUCACGUGAACAUUUUUAUUCAUUGCCUGUGUCGGGUGGAGGAGGGUGUACGACACACAUUUAGCUCAAGCGAUCUCAUUCGACAAUAAUGAAUCGUAAACAUUGGUCGCGAAGGCACACCAGAUAAAUUAACGCGCAGUGAUGGCUCGUCCAGGGUUUGAGUCUAGGCCGUUGCGUACGUGGAGGGCGGGAUUCAUGCAUGGUCUUUACUUGCUGCAAAUAUCCACCGCUUUGUAAUGGUUAAAACGCAACACCGUAGCACUCUGAUAAAUGCCAUCGGUAAUUGGGUGAUUAAGGCCGCUGCAUCGCUGUGUGUAUUACUGCCAGUUAGGUGGCAAAAUGUUACUAGAUUUGUUCGUAUUUUAACUUUGGUUUAGCCUUAACAAGUCGUACAUCACAUUUAUGAACGCUAACUGAAAUGAACGAGGUAAAUAACAGCUCUAAGAAGCUACGUUUCAGAACAUCAAAGCGAUGUAUUUACCUUUUAGGGGACCGCGGUGUAAUAGACGAAUUGUGUUCCAUUUUUCUGUCGCAAUCCGCGCUUCUGUGCAGCACUGCCAAUGCAAUAUCACAGCAGCAGCAGCAAAGAACAGCGGCGUUUCAAUUACAGCAUAGUUUUACAUGGUGGGGGGGGGGGGGGAGCAUGGGGGUGUCGGUAAUGCAAUCAAGUGAAGGAAUUGGAAUUAAAUAAAGAGAGGCAAACCCCUCCCCCGCCCACCCAAAACAAAACAGCCGCCGUGCCUUCCAGUCCGUCCGUGAAGGUCCAUCCAGCAGUGGGUACGACGAGGUGGCAAUGCACACGCGCGUGGCAGUGAAUGGGUGCAGAGCUGGACUGGGUGUGGAUUCCCCGCUGUGCUGCGCGGCGCUUGUGGUUGUUUUUUUUUGGGGGGGGGGGAUUGUUGUUGUUACAAAGACUUUCGUAGGUUCCCGUUCUCACGUUCAGGCAAAUGUUGCACAAGUCGGCAGCACCAGGCCUCGAUUGUUUUGUUCGUCAUCGAUUAUAUGUGCAUUCUCUGAAUUUCUGGUGUAUUAAAUGUUGGGGUUUGUCUUUGGUAAAAAAAAAGUUAAUUAGUUGCACUUUUAAAAAAAAAUAAAACGAUGAGAUGUGUUUUUUUUUUUAAAGUUAAUGAUGUGUAAAGCGAAAUAGCUCAGCUGUUACAAGUGAAGACUGUCUUUUAAAAUAUCAUUAAGCCGAUGUACGGUGCUGGGAUGUUUCAAAAACAAUGUUUUGAAAGAUCUCUAAUCGGCGUUAGAUAUAUAAUAUUAUACAUUUGUCUUUAUUAAUCACUUUCAUUGUGUGCAUUUAGUAUUGUUAUGAUAAGUUAUAGCAGUCAUUUGUUUUGCACUUAAAGUUACGAAGGGACAACGGUGCGUUGGUUUUAUUUGCUGUCAAGAAGCUGUCGUGCCUCAUCAUUGACACGCGUUACAUAACGCAUUCAGUCUCUGUAUCAAAUGUUUAAUCAUUCACUGUGUGCUGCUAACGCUAAUUUGGUAAACAUACAUUGGCAAAGUAGUUUCUGUUGUCCUCACAAACCAACGUCUCAAUUCAAGCAAACGCUGAAGAUGAAUUGAGCAAGGAAUUACUGUGGCCACAUCGCGCUAAUGUAUCCGUCCUCGUGAGGCCUUGUAGAAGUCAGGGAGGGCAUGAGCCUGGUUGGCAGCUGUGCUAGGCGUUGCAGGCAUGGGACUGGUUGCAAGGUGGCCAGGAGAAGGCAAUGCUGAGUGACAGACUGGGUGGGGGUAUUUUUAGUUAAACACCUGCAGUAUUAUUUACCAGGGCCGCUCCAGGGUUCGAACCACGAGCAAGGGGCGAAUGUGCUACGGUACCGCAUGGCCACGUCACCGCGACUUUCACAUCACAAUCCCAUAAUUGCCCCUUUUUCGAAGCCACGUGUGCUUUUAUUCUUCGCCUUCAUCUUUCUCCAGACAAUGUCUCCGUCUCUUCUGCAGAAGCGCAUUCCUAUCGCGAUUCAAAAUUGGGGUUCCGCUCCAUUGAUUCCAACCACGGAGUUGUUUCUCGUCGAUAAGCUCAAAAGGCACAGGGGCAGUGCACCUUUCCCACGCCGCCAUAAUUAUAACCACGCUGUAAACUACUACCCCGCCCGUCAGGAACGCAGUGCGUGGAGGGUUGCUCUCGUGACAGACUCGUUCGGUUUGAGCAUUGUACUUGUCUGUGUAUUGAAGCGCAAAUCAUCCUUGAAGUGCCUUCAAUCACUCGGUGGGGUACGCUGGCUGAAAAAAAAACCCUCCCCCCACCAAACGCACGUGAACACUUGCCCCCUUUGGGAGGCAGAAGGCCGCUCGCAAUGCUGUUAUGGUUUAUUUGAUAUUCCUGUGGAAACGUAAAUUAUGAUAAUUAGGCCACUUAGCUGCCUGAAUCUGAGUGAGAGUCGCCUCUCUGUCGCCUUCCGUUGGUUUAAAGCCAAAUCACAGCUCGGUUCAAUGGCGCAGUCCGCUCCAGUACAUGAUGUUAAGUCCAACGCAAUGGUUAUCGGUUUGAACACAGGGAAUACCUGAAAAUAUCUUCCUGUUCACCAAGUGCCGCUCUCUUUAUUUUUAAAUAUGUAUAUACUUUAUUAACGCGUUUUAACGACAGUUAGAGGGCCGACAUUACAGAAACACAAUUCAAUCAGUGAUCUGCAAGCAUGUAACAAUAGCUACGCCCCUUGGCCAUGAUCUAGCAAGUCGAGGGUUAAAGCUAAAUAGGGGUGAUAAAGCAGAGGGAGGUGGAUUAUUGUUUUAGUUUCUAGCCUUCCGCGACCCGAGGCUUGGCCGUGAGAUGGACUUCGCUCACCGCGGGGUCUCUGCCUUCGACAUUCAUCGCGAGUUGUCCCAGCAGGCAAUCGUCAAUCCAACUUCUACCUUUUCCUGGGAGACCGAUCCUUGGCAAAAGGGUCAAGAGCCGUCGUCUUCUCCCUUGACGCCCGUCGCGCCCUUGCGAGUUGUAUUAUCAUGAUGACGAUGAUGAUCGUCAUCGUUGGGUUAGCAAUGCAAGUAGUAAAGAUCAUCUCCGGGCAGGCUCCGGAUUUCCGCCGGCGCUUGUCCCAGGAACAAUCGUCUCUCUCUUCUCGAUCGACUGAAGGAUCCUCCGCUUUGUGGGUAUGCAGGAGGAUAGAUGAAGAGGGGAGCGCGAGAGAACGGAGUGUCCGAUGGCUUAAUUCACAUCGUGGGGAGAAGGAUCUCUGAUCGAGAGGGAAUCGGCGAAGGGGAGAGGGCCCAGACAUUGAUAUUCACCGCCAGUGAUCCCUGCCAGAGCGGCCCCCGAUUGGCUCACUUAUUUUAAGGGCGUAAUGCAGCCUCGUGGCCAAAUGUCUCAACGUCAAUUUUCGAGCUUGUAAUUUCAGUCAAGCCUUGUCCAGCUCGUCAUCUAUAAAUUAUAAGUCAGCGAAGAGUGCAUUUGCAUGCAAAUUAAAUGCAGGGUGUGGUAUGAUUUCAUGCCCACGUCUCCGUUGACUCUCCAAUGUAAAAAUUGUUAUAUUAUAAAAAAAAAUGGCUCGUGGUAAAUAAACGUGGUGCCCUGAAUUGAGCUUAAUAGAUAUGCGUUUCCCGUGUAAUAUAAUACUACCCUUCCAGUUUAAUUUUAAUCAAAUGCUGUAUCUUACCUGCAUUUAAUUUGUAAUUGAAUUUUAAUUUUAUUUGUGAUUAUUUCAUUUUUUUAUGUAAAGAGUCUUUUUUAUGUUUGUAUUCACUUUUUACUUGUGAAAAUUAUUCAAUGACAUUUCAUAUUUCCGUACGGGCAGGCUUUGGGGCAGGAAAAGCUACGACUUGUAGCCCGUACCGCCUCCUGACAUUUAAGGUGCUCCAUUUUGACAAUGUUUAAGAUGUAGGUGCAAACGAAGCAAAUUGUUUCACUGGUGCUAUGUGUCAGUGUUGGUGUUACAUUUCUUCAAAUGAAAAGACAAAAUAAAGCCUCUGUUCGUAUGUGAUUCGCUCAUGUCA